UAUGGUUGUAAAAGAUUUGCGAGUAUCGUUUCAUUUAUAUUUCGAAAUAAAACAGUGUUUGUGACAGUGAUAACUUUGACAGACAAUUUAUUCGUUUCCGGUUAUCAGAAAUUCGUUCCCCUAAACAAACUUAUCGAAUCACGCGCAUGAAUGUAUUUCUGUCGGUCACGUUUCGAAAAAUUCACCAAACCACAAAGGCCACAGUUUUCCAGCUGUUAGUCCAACAUGACAAGAACGUGAAACGUUUGCCAAUCCUUCUGUAGCACUAUUUGCCAAAUGGUGAUCAGUUAUUUCUCAUGAACCAUAAAAUUAAAGAGAAAUGACAACACUUUCGAGUGCGCGAAUCUUAAAUCAGUGUACGUAUGUAUGUAUAAUGUUAUAUAUUGUAAACUGCGGUGCGCCUAGUGCAUGAAUUCGACAACAAUUUGGUGAAAUAUUUAUUUAAUUGUUAGUUGACGCAUUUUCUUAUCAGCAGAUAGGACCAAUUACUCAAAUGAUAACCAGUUUCUACUACAUACAUAUCUAGCACUAUUGGAGGUCAAUAUCGCAAUUUUCUAUAUCACAUUAUUUGUGAUGACGCCUCCAACGUGGCCUCUAAUAAAAUAUGUAGCUCAUUAUCUCCACAAAAUAUAUAUCCAUUAUGAACAUUGGAAAGUUUUCUUGGUUUUCUGGGAACAAAGCUGUUCCCUCAUGAGGAUGUUAGGCACUAGGAUUUAGAGUUAGGCUACAUAAUUAACAUCGUCAAAAUGGGAAACUGUUUUUUAAUGAGUUAAAAGAAAGGAAGAUAGCAUUGAAUUUGCAACAUUGCAACGUAGUAAAGGAAAAUGAUAUUUUCUCGUACAUACCGAGAGAUACAUAUGUACGUAUACAUACAUACAUACGAUAUGUAUAUAUGAUUUUCUUUUCGUGACGCAAACGUUGGCGAACUUGUGCCUUGACGUAAGUGUGCGCAGAAACUGAACUGCAUGAACUGCACCGAGCAAGGAGUGCACGCGAUUCACGCGAUGCACUGUGCAACUGACAGUCGCUGAUAAUACGAAAGCGAUGAGCGUUUGAUAUCAGCUCAGCGCUGUCCGGAGGCCCGCCCUUCUUUCCUAUUAUCCUUUAAUUACCACGUGGAAUUAAAUACUGAUCUCUGAACGCCUAUAUCAGUUAGAUGACGGCGAUACGCCGUGUGUUAACAGGUCAUGGGGGCCUGUUUCGGCCGCUGCAUCUCCGAAGUUACAGACUCCUUAUCGUACAGGUUUUACCAAAGGCACACCAGUAUGUCCUUCCAAGGAGACGAACAAGUUGAGUUUAUAGAUGACAAAGGAGAUGCGGAUCAAUCUAGAGGAUCAAAAACCCUGUUAUCGUUUCUCUCCUUAAAUCGAUUCAAGAAAAAACAUGGAGUCCCUGUAACAUUGGAAUUAUUAGAAGACGGGGGUUGGGCCAAGGGGAGUAAGAAGUAUGCCAGAUUACAUUCACGAAAUAAUGCUUCAACAAGUUCUGGACUUGAUACUCCGCUUCAAAUUCUCGAUGCAAGGAUAUUAAUGAAACAACAAGCAUGCGUCUCUUCUACUCCUGGUUCGUCUUUGGACUUGGAAUGGGAACACGAAGGUAUGCCCCUACCAGUUAUGGAGGACGAGAACGUCGAAAGCAACGACGGUUCCAUAACUCAAACAUCGGUUCACAAUAGUCAACCCUCUAGCUUGACGGCAUCUCCUUGGUCUAGAGUGUCUACACCAAAUAGUUUAGAAUGGGAUCCGAUCGAAGCGGAUAUGGUAUGCGUUGAUAUAGAGACUGAGCAGCUUUUGACUGAGAUAGAAAGAUUAACAGACAGAGCAUUAAAAGAGACGGGCGAAUGGGCUAGCACUAGGUGAUAAAUAAUGUAAUUAUAAUUACACAGGAUUGUUUGUAUUUUUGUAUUAUAGAGAAAGGAUACAUUACGGUAUUUAAGAUUGAAAAGAAAACGAAAUACGAAAGAUUUUUAGAGAUUGAAAAGAUGAUUCUACUGCUUCACAGUACCGAAAUAAUAUAAAAAUAUAUUUCUAUUGUUUCAAGAAACAUAUACAUACUUGUAUAAGUUGAUACAAUUGAGAUGGAAUUUUAUUAUUAACGAGAAAUGCAAUGCCAAUGAUUCAACUAAGGAAACGUUUUUUAUAUUAUUGCGUUUGUACAUAGAUAUUAUACGCUCGAACAUUUUGAAUAUUAUGUAUUCAUUUCUUCUUUUUUGUUACCGUGUAAUGGUUGAAUUUAUAUUUUUUAUUCUUAUUUCGUACAAGUUCCGCCGGACAAUAACUUUUUUCCCGUCAAAUGUUUUCACAUUCUUUCAUAUUAAUUGUAAUUUUCUGCACUGCGAGCGUCACUGAUCUCAUCUUUCUCUUAUACAAAUGUUUUCAUAUGGUAACCAUAGAAUCUAUCACUUUGAUCUUUUGGAGCACACGUAUCUAUAGAAUUUGAUUUCUUUAUUCUUUUUUAUCAAACGAAUUUCCUAUAAAAAUCGUACUAAAGACAAAUCGGAGAACUUCAGGCUUCAAACGAUUAAAGAAUGCAUAUCAUGUAUGCAAUGGUAUAAAUCUUUACAUUUGACGAAGUCUGUAAUUCACGAUUUAGCUUAGAUAGGAUAAAGGAAGGUAUUAAAGGCAUAUAAAAAGAUCGAAAUGCAUCAGGUGCUAUCAAUGCAAUAUAUUUUUCGCGGUCGAAAUUGAAAGCGGCUUAUUCCGGAAACGAUUUAUUUCGGAGCGUAGCGUAUCUUAAAUUAACCAUAUUUUAUACAAAACGAGGAAUAUCUUAUAGUCUUUUUAAAUAGUCUAGUCACAGUGAAAUUUCGCGAGUCUCUGGAAGAUUGGAAUAUAGGGAGGGAGUAAGGUGGUGCUGAUGAAAUAUUAAUGUUGAUACGUGUUUGCGUGUACAAAACCUGUUUCUACUGUGGUUAAAUUACAAACUAAUUAGGUUACAAUCUUAGAUAGACUGUCGAUCAUUGAGAUGAAUGAAUUAAAAGAAAAAACCGAAAUGUAGGCUGCCUUACAAUCAGGAAUUUUAAUUCAUCUAAUAUGGAUUAAAGUUAAGAUUCCUGUUUACACAAUAGAGGAAAACAAAUAUAAAAUUUAUAACUGCAGAAGACGCAGCGUUAAAUCUUGAUUGCAUUAUAUUCGCGGGCAUGCUCCGUUAUUAUUGCAUAAUUAAAUUUAAGAUAUUUAGCUUACGACUAAUUUACGAACGAAUCAAAAUAUAUGCAACAAUAGCGCAGUUCGUAGUAACGUUAACAAUAAUGAGGAAUAAUAAUAAUAAUACUAACUAUGUGAUGCGGUAUAUUAAUGAAGCAGUGCCAUGUCUAUGUUUGCACUCGAUAGAUUUCGCCUCUCAUAGUUUAUUUAUUGUCAUCUUUGAAAGAACGAAACAUUUUGCUUGAACUGCAUAAUGAACGCACAGAAGUAUCAUUUCUGCAAAAUGUGUGUGGCUUAAUAUUGAGUAUCUGAAUUGUUAAUAAUUAUGUAUGCAAUGUACCCCUGCGAUAACGACUUCGUACUGUUUAAUGCCGAGAAUAUUAAAAAGGAGUUUGUGUGUAAACGACAGAAAAAGGAGAUAUAUAAUUGAAACGCUUAUAAUCUGUUUCUUCAUGUGUCGAAGUUAAAACGAUAAACGCGAUAUUUAUAUUAGAGUUGAUACGUUGAUGAUAUUGAAUAUUAUAAAUAGCAUUGUGAUUUAACAAAUUUAUUUUAGAAGAAAAAAUAGGAGGAAGGAGAAAAUGCGUCUUUAGCAUCUUUCCCUAAAAUAAGUUGCAUACAAAAUAUUUGCAAAACGUUUCAGUUAAUUGUAGUAUUUCUGUAGUUAGUAUUCAUGCCAAGAUAGAUGUUUCUGCUUCUUCAAAAUUUUAAGUGCUCUAAGAUAAUAGGGACCAAAAAGUGUUUUCAGUAUUAAGUCUCCCCGUGGCUACUACUUUAUGCCAAACUGUCUAUAUGAGUUGCAUUUAUGUGUACCGUUUCGCUUUGAUUCGCUAGCUGUUCUUAAUUAAUUUCAGUACACGAUUACAUCUCGUUGUACAAGUAAUUAAAUUAUAAGGAUUAUUGAAAUUUAUCGUGUCGAUCUUGAAAUUGUAAACAAAAUUUAUCAUUGUUGGCUUUAAAAAUAUCUUUAUCUGCGCCUAGUAUUAAUAAUCUAAAUGAUAUUGUUUAUAUUUUAUGUACGAACAUUUCACUGUCACUGUGAGUUUGCAAUGUGUAAAAAAGGGUAACACUAUAUGCAUCAUUUGCUUGUGCAUUAAAUACACAUAUUACCAUUGUAACAAUAUUCUCUUAUUUCGUAAUGAUUUCGUGUGGAAUAGUAAUAAUAAAAUUCGUUAUCUUUAUUAUGGAAUAUUCGGAAUUUGCAUAUGCUGAUUUCAUAGCUAGAAACAAAAUUACACGUGUAACAAUAGAUGUCAUAAACCACUAUAUUUGUAUGCUUUAGUAAUUAAUUACUUUAUUAUGUCUUUAUGUACACGCGAGAACUGAUAAAAGAAGAAAAUUACUUUAUAUCCAAACAUCUUUGUAGUUUUAAUCAACUACGAGCAUAACAACCGGAAAUGAGUCCUAAAAAAGACAGAAUUAUGCACGUACAACUAAUGGUCCCAUAUUAAGUAAUCAAGUUCUGCUGCUAUAUUUUCGUUAUUUCGUUACUUUGGUAAAUUGUCAUUAAUUUUUAGUAGAAAUUAAUAAUAUUUAUACGAAAACAAGAGGUACACUUAAACGGUAGAGUUGUUGGUAUUAUAUUUGUACUGCAAAUACAUAUAUUUUUUCAA